CGAGAUCCUCAGAACGGUGCGAUCGGCAGUGGUGUGCCGGCUAGGAUCCGAGCGCGAACAUGCGACCGUGGCUGCAACGGAGGAUACUCCUCUGGCAGUCGGUGAUAUGGUUAACGUUGGGAUACACAGUAGUUGAUGCUCAGCAGAAUUGGUGGGAAGACACGAAUAACAAUCAGCGAGCAGAGGAGAGGCGAGUGAACCAAUGGGACAACAGACUAAACGAGGAUGACACCUCGCGGCAGUGGCGGGAGAGGGGGGAGCGACCGCGGCCCCCCGCGCCACCCCCUGUCUACGACAACUCUUGGCGGGAAUCACAGUCGCCGCCCGCAGCCUACGAUAGCAGGGGGCAAUCGGCCCCCGGCGGCUACGAUAGCAGGGGGCAAGCGGUCCCCGGCGGCUACGAUAGCAGGGGACAAGCGGCCCCUGAUCGGACGGUGGGCCUCAGCAAUCGGCCUGACACCUCCAACUACCAGAUAUUCAAUCAACGGGGCGACACCUCGCCUGCCGCACAGUGUAUACCGAAAUGCUUUGCCGAGAAAGGUAGCAGGGGUAUACCAGGGAGUGCUGGACAAGACGGCCCAGAGGGUUUGAGAGGAUACCCUGGACCAGAUGGUUUGCCCGGUCCACCUGGAGAAAAAGGAGACAGGGGUCCAGCAGGGGCAAGAGGUGCCAAGGGAGAUAGGGGUAGGACAGGCGGCUACGGACAUCCCGGACGUGAUGGCUUGCCAGGACCUACUGGACCUGCCGGAAGUCCCGGCAUACCAGGACGUGAUGGCUGCAACGGAACCGAUGGAGCUCCAGGACUUCCUGGUCUCAGAGGAGAAACUGGACCCAGGGGUUAUCCUGGUCUCGGAGGGGAGAAAGGAUUCAAGGGAGAACCGGCUUUCUCUGGAAUAUUCGACAAGGGACAAAAGGGAGAGCCUGGACUGAUAUGUCUGCCUGGACCUCCCGGAAAUCCUGGUCCAACUGGAGAUGUCGGGCCUGUUGGAAUAAUGGGUGAAGUUGGAAUAAAGGGUGCUAGUGGACCUCCAGGAUUGAAAGGCGAGAAAGGUAACAUGGGAAUUGGGUACGAGGGACGUCAGGGCGAGAAGGGAAAUAAGGGAGAGACGGGACCGCCGGGUCUCCCUGCCCCUAUCUACGGUGGAGGUCGCCCCACUGCCAACAUCGGACCAAAAGGAGAACAGGGAGAAAAGGGUGAUCUGGGAAUUGCUGGAGUACCUGGACAAAAGGGUGACCCAGGACCAAUCGGCGAUCCUGGAUUCCCUGGUGAUUCUGGACUGAAGGGUGAAAAGGGUUUGCCUGGAGAUCCAGGUCCUCGAGGUCGAGACGGAUUCUCUGGACCACCAGGUCCCCAAGGAUUCAAGGGAGACAGAGGCACUGACGGUUUGCCUGGAUUAGAGGGAAGACCAGGACAGAAGGGAGAACCGGGACGGGAUGGACCUACAGGACCCCGGGGUAUUCAAGGACCCCAAGGACCACCUGGUGGAGCGAAAGGACGUCCAGGACCCCCCGGUCCUCCAGGACCCAGAGGACAUCAAGGACCUCCAGGAGCCAACGGACUUGACGGAGAACAAGGAGAAAAGGGAGACAGAGGACCUGAGGGACCUAUUGGAGGUCAGGGCGUUCCUGGUUUCAUGGGCCCUGAAGGUUAUCCUGGAGAGAAGGGAGUUAAGGGAGAGUCAGGGUCACCAGGAAUUCCUGGAGAGUUGGGUGCAAGAGGCUUCCAGGGUAACAUCGGACCUCAAGGUCCGCCUGGACAACCCGGUGAAAAAGGACUCUCUAUUAUAGGACCGAAAGGACUGGAUGGACUGCCAGGAAGAGAUGGCGAGAAAGGAAAUAAGGGAGAGAGAGGAUAUCAAGGAGUGAGAGGACAGCCUGGAGACUCAGCGAUGGGAACUCCAGGUUCUCCAGGGCCAGUUGGACCGCAGGGAGAGAAGGGUCUUCCUGGAACACCGGGAUCGCCUGGAAUUCCAGGUCGCCACGGAGAGAAAGGAGACAUCGGCGGCAGAUGCAACGACUGCUCUCCCGGUCGUCCCGGCGAUAAGGGAGACCGCGGCAUAGAUGGCACGCCUGGCAAGGAGGGUCCUAGGGGUCCGCCCGGACAGCACGGCGUUCCUGGAGAAGUCGGUGACAUUGGCAACCCUGGUCCACCCGGAACCCCCGGAACACCUGGUCAAACAGGUAUGCCGGGAGCGCCAGGUGCGCAAGGAGAACGCGGUGAGCCGGCCUGGAUACCCGAGUCACUGGUGAAGGGCGAGAAAGGUCUACUCGGUCUACCAGGUGACCCGGGUCCCGUAGGACCUAAAGGUAACAGAGGACCUGCAGGUCCCGAAGGCCAUCCAGGAUCACCUGGAAUGCCGGGUGAACCUGGAGUUCCGGGAGAGAGAGGUUUCCUCGGAGCUGCUGGAGUCCCUGGACUGCCAGGUAUUCCUGGUGAGAAAGGAGACAAAGGACUGUCGAUAAAGGGAGAAAAAGGUAAUCCAGGACCUUGGUGCCGUGAUGGAGAGAAGGGAGAUCCUGGACUGAUCGGAAGGAAAGGAGAACCAGGAAGAUGUGAUUUCCCGAUGGAUCUGAUCAGUAAAGGAGACGUUGGUGCCCCCGGAGAAAAGGGAGAACCCGGACCUCCUGGCAGAGAUGGACUUCCAGGAGACAAGGGACUUGACGGUCUAAGAGGAGAGCCAGGUGUGAGAGGAAAUCCGGGAGAACCGGGAGUGGUGGGCAGAAGAGGUCACCCAGGUCAGCGGGGUGAGAAGGGCAACAUGGGUCCCAUGGGAUUCCCAGGCGAACAGGGACGUGAUGGAACACCUGGACCUCCUGGAUUCCGUGGAGACAAGGGUUACAAGGGAGAAGCUGGAAUUCCUACUGCUGGACCACCAGGACCGCAAGGAUUCAAGGGAGACAAGGGUGAAAAAGGACUUCCGGGACCAGCAGGAAAAACAGGAUUCGCUGGAAAUCCAGGAUUCGCUGGGAUUUCGGGUGAAAAGGGUGACCGUGGUGUUCCCGGUCUGGAUGGACUUCCCGGUCAGCAGGGUGCCAAGGGAGAGCCGGGUCCCAUCGGGCCACCGGGCCAGGUAGGACGAGAUGGAUUGAAUGGACUGGACGGAGCUAAAGGUGAACCCGGUAUACCUGGACCAAUGGGUAGACAAGGAUUGCCUGGAUUCCCAGGAGAAAAGGGAGAUAGAGGAGAAUCUGGACCUGAAGGACCCAAAGGAUUCAUUGGAGCAAUGGGAUUCCCAGGUGACCAUGGCAGACCUGGAAUGGACGGGAAACCAGGAGACAAGGGAGACAAGGGUGAGAUGGGCAAGCAAGGUUUCCCUGGACUUCCGGGUGAAACUGGACCGAUCGGUUUCAAGGGACAGGAAGGGCCAGUGGGAGAGAAGGGCUUCAUAGGGCCUCCUGGACCCCCAGGGCCUCCGGGAUCGUAUGGUCUUAAGGGAGAUGAAGGACCUAUCGGACCUGCUGGUCAGAAAGGUGAGCCGGGCUCAGCGUCUGAGAAGGGCCAGAAGGGAGAGCCGGGAGUGCCAGGCCUACGAGGCCCGAUGGGACUACCCGGCCGUGACGGCAGCGACGGCGUUGUCGGCGAGAAGGGAACGCCCGGCUUUAGUUAUCCGGGUGCACUCGGCCGCAAGGGAGAACGUGGGCCACAGGGACCGCAGGGCGGCAAAGGAGAGCCCGGCUGGCCCGGCGGACAGGCAACGCCCGGACGGCCUGGAGAGAUCGGGCCACGUGGAUUGACUGGCGAACCGGGAGCUCCAGGACCCCCAGGAAUGGACGGACUACCAGGCCAGGACGGACUCCCCGGACCGCAAGGAUUGAGAGGCGCCCCCGGACAGAAGGGAUGGACCGGACCGGCGGGUCUGCCUGGCAUGAACGGAACCAAGGGAGAGCCCGGACCAAUCGGGUACCCCGGACCUGUCGGCUAUCCAGGACCCCUGGGAGAGAAGGGAGACCGUGGUCCGACAGGACCCAUUGUCACGGUCAAGGGAGAUAAGGGUGAACCUGGUGUUCCGGGAUUCCCUGGGUUGGCUGGAGAUAAGGGUGAUAAGGGCUUUGACGGUGUGCCGGGAGCUUAUGGAGAUCGGGGAGAGAAGGGACUUCCGGGCCCCCCGGGACGACCCGGAGAUCUUGGUCCAGCUGGAUUCAAAGGUGAACAAGGACCUUCAGGACCGCCUGGACCCCCAGGACUGACAAUGAAGGGCGAGAAAGGAUUGCCUGGUCUUCCAGGAAAGUAUGGCCGACCUGGAGCUAUGGGAGCUAUCGGAGAGAAAGGUGAAGCAGGAAUCGUAGGCUUGCCAGGUCCCGCAGGAUUGCCGGGUGCUCCGGGAACUCUCGGUCCAAAGGGAGAAAAGGGUGAUACAGGACCUCCAGGACCGCUGGGUCCUCCAGGAUCCGAUGGAACACCUGGCAGGUUCGGAGAGCCAGGACCCGAAGGACCCCGAGGUCCUCCCGGGGAACCGGGACUGUUCGGACGUAUUGGUGAGAAGGGAGACAUAGGCCCCAUGGGAAUGAAAGGAUUCGACGGAAUACCGGGAGAUAAGGGCGAGCGAGGUUUGCCAGGCCCAAUGGGACAGACGGGUGACACGGGCGCUCAGGGCCCGAAGGGAGACAGAGGUCGCGACGGACUGCCAGGAAGGGACGGCACUUUCGGAAUCAAGGGAGACAAGGGAGAGCCCGCCCUUCCUCCACAACCAGGUCCCAGGGGUGACAAGGGUGACAGAGGCUUCCCUGGCAAACCCGGAGCACCGGGAGCAGAUGGAAUGGAUGGAAUGGAUGGUCUGGUCGGACCCAAAGGAGAGCAGGGACCACCGGGAAGGAAUUGUUUGGCUGGAGAACCAGGACUUCCGGGAGAUAAGGGAGAACCUGGAGUCAGAGGAUUGCCAGGACUUAGGGGUGAACAAGGAUUGGUUGGUGACGCAGGUAUACCAGGUCAACCAUGCUCAGAACAAAGAGACUACAUGACUGGAAUCCUGCUGGUUAAGCACAGUCAAGCUGCGUCCGUACCAGUUUGCUAUCCAGGACAUAUCAAACUAUGGGAUGGUUACAGUUUGCUCUACAUUGAAGGAAACGAGAAAGCACAUCAUCAAGACUUAGGCUUUGCUGGUUCAUGUGUUAGGAAGUUCUCAACCAUGCCAUUCCUGUUCUGUGAUAUGAACAACGUGUGCAAUUACGCCAGCAGAAACGACAAGUCAUACUGGUUGAGUACCAACUCGCCGAUACCUAUGAUGCCCGUAGAAGAAACUGGAAUUAGGGAAUACAUCUCACGGUGUGUAGUGUGUGAAGCACCAGCCAAUGUGAUAGCUGUCCAUAGUCAAAGUGUUGAAGUACCAGACUGUCCAGAAGGCUGGGGCGGUCUCUGGAUGGGAUACAGUUUUGUCAUGCACACAGCGGCAGGCGCAGAGGGCGGCGGCCAAUCGCUGUCGAGUCCCGGCUCGUGCCUGGAGGACUUCAGGGCGACGCCGUUCAUCGAGUGCAACGGAGCGCGAGGCUCGUGUCACUACUUCGCCAACAAGCUCAGCUUCUGGCUGGCCACCAUCGAACUGCAGGACCAGUUCCGCGCGCCCGAGAAGAAGACGCUCAAGGCCGGCUAUCUGCGCACGCGUGUCAGUCGCUGUCAAGUCUGCAUCAGAAAUACCUAGUCCAAAAUUUAUUCGAAGCAGCAUGUAUUCUUCUAACAUCAGCGCCUGGCAACCAAAUACCUUGGCUGGGCGCCUCUAAACCAUUCGUCAUCGGAGUUAAAACUCAUCAAGUCUACAUUCUAAUUUCACUUUACACAGUUGCCGUUGCUUAGUUGGAGAUUCAUGUUCUCACUGCCAUUUAUAUGUAACAUAUUUAUGUAUAUCAACGUUAUUUCAGAACUUCUUUGUGUGACUGUCAAAGACCUUAAAGAUAUAGACCCACAAUGCCUAUGUCUUGCUAAUGAUAUCUCUUACUUGAAAUUGAAGGCCGCCAUUGGGGUAUUUAGCACGAGAUAUUAUAUCUAUAUAUUUGUAAUAUUAUAGAUUACAAAGGCAUUGGUAUGUAAUAAUCUUAUAGGUUGCCCCCUCAAUGGCCGAUUUCAAUUCCAAGUACGACACUAGCGCUGCAUGUGAGUCUAUGCAUCUUUAAGGACUUUGGUGACUGUUAUGUGUGUGUACAUGUGUGCGUGUGUGUAGCUUUACUGGCGUAUAACGUGUUUAGUUGUAUUUAGCUCCAAUUCCACCUCAUUCUGCAAAUACAUCGAUUUUUUAUUAUUAUCAUAUAAUUCACUAUCCUUUUUAUAUUGAAAUUACCAAACUGUUAUCAUACUUUUAGAGUAUACUAAUUUAGUUCAUUGAAACUUCUGCAAUAAUUUAUUUAUGACGAAAUGUAAUUUUUUAUGUGUUCAUAUUGUGCCAAAACAUAUAGUGGACUUGAAUUAUGGACUUGAAUCCUCUCUAUGUAACUUUGAAACAAUUGUGAAUGAAUAUUUAUGUAAUAAUAAUAAAUUAUAAUACAUUUAUUGUCGUGAGUCGUGAUAAAUCAUUCAUGAAAUGAG